CAGCGAGCCGGGCAUUGUCUUUGUAGCACCAGAAGGGAAAAGGCAGUGUGAGGUUCUGUGUGUUAAAGGCUCAGGCUCUGGCUGGGUGGCAUGUGCCAGGAUGUAAAGGGAACACCAGCUCAAGCAGAAGCACAUGGCUGUGCAGGAGGACAGGGAAAGCCCAUUUAUUACAUCUGGGGGAGUGGUUCCUUGUGUGUGACACCAAGUUCUUCAGCCAUGGUCAUGUCUGUACCAACAGCCGGAUGUGGCAAAACCCAAAAGUACAAAAUAUUUCUGUUUGUCACAGGGAGCCUUGUGCAGAUCCUGGGAGUGCAGCUCAGAGGUGUACAGAUGAACUCAUGUUUAUUCUCCAGCCUGAACAGACCACAUUUCUAAGGACCCAUCCCUACAAAUACAGGGAAAAAUGCAAGGAGUGUUCCUGGGGAAACCCACCCCAAAAAUCCUAUGAACAGUCUGGCUUGAAUGGUUUAGGGAAGUUGUUUGUGGAUCAAAAGAUAUAACCAGGACCUGAAAGUAUCAGCUAGUUUAACUUAGUUUUUUUCUACACUGCCUUUGCCCUUAAAUUGCCAAUAUUUUCUAAAGGCUUAAACACCAUUUUAUUAUUUUUUUUUUUUAAAGUACACCCAAAAAGAUCCCAAGACCCCUGAAUGCAGUCUGGUGUUUGCCUACAACUUCAUUUUCUUCUUUUUCACCAUUUUGCUCAGAAUAUUGGAAAUGCUGAACAUUAGUGCAGAGCUGGUGUCUGGUUUUCUGGCUGGGAUGAACUGUGGAGGCGGUUAUUCCCUCCCAACUCAUUGUGGAUGCUGCAGGAUACAGAUAAGCGGCAUCUCUUUAACAGUGGUACUCAUUUAAAGGUCUCUCUGCCUUUGCCUGUCCCAACCUGCAAUGCCUCUGGAUUGUCACCCCCAGAGGAACAGCAAAGAGUGGCCACGAUCAACUUGCUCUGAGGCUCACAGAGUUGAUGUUGAGACAAAAUUCCACUUGGGGAUCUCUGGUCCCAGCUCUUCCUCUCCUGAGACUCAGCCUCCCCAGAGAGCUGUUGCCACCACAGGCACCCAUACCAUUGUCACUGCUCUGGCCAGGCCAGCAGUGGUGACAGCAACUGUCCCUGUUUGCAGGGGGAUACUGAUUUCCCCACACUGCCGCAGGGGACAGAAUCUGGUAAACUCCAGUUCCUUUCUAUCAAGGGUUCAUAACUGUGCCCUCAAAGGGCAGAAGUUGAUCUAAGUGUUGUCAAAUAAUGAGUCAUUUCUGAUGGAGGUUUGAGGGCGCAGGCGGCGCCAGCACGGGGACCGCCCGGACGCUGCAUCACAGCCUCACCAGCAGAGAAAUGAGGAAAUUGGGCCCUGCCUCUGUCUGGGAGCUACCCAUAAAUGUAGUGCUUGGCUCUGUGUAAGAAGGAAAGAGACUCUCCAGGAGUUCAGGAAUCCAAGUCCAGGCUCAGCUGUGAGCUUCCCCUGACAUCGCUGCCCCCGGCUCCACAUGGCCACCACUGAGGUGGCAGCAGGAGAGGACAGGGAGCCCCUGAUGCGCUGACGGUUGCCAUGUCUGGGAAGCACUGGCCCCCCGGGACGCAGUGUGUCACCAAGCAUGACCACAGCAAGCCCAAGCCCCGGGAGCUGGCCUACCGCAAGGGUGACAUGGUCACCAUCAUUGAGGCUGUGGAGGGCAAAGGCUGGUACCGCGCCAGGCACAAUGAGACGGGGCAGGAGGGGCUGCUGGCAGCCAGUGCACUGCGGGAGCGUGGGGCCAUCCGUGUCGACCCCAAACUCAGCCUGAUGCCAUGGUUCCAUGGGAAGAUCUCAGGGAUGGAGGCAGUGCGGGAGCUGCAGCCCCCUGAGGACGGGCUGUUCCUGGUGCGUGAGUCUGUCCGGCACCCUGGUGAUUACGUGCUGUGCGUGAGCUUUGGCAAGGAGGUGAUCCACUACCGCGUGGUGCACGAGGAGAACACACUCAGCAUCGACAGCCAGCAGUACUUCUCCAACCUCAUUGACAUGAUUGAGCAUUACAUGAAGGAGCAGGGAGCCAUCUGCACCAAGCUGGUGAAGCCCAAACCAAAAUCUGGGAUGAAGUCAGCUGAGGAGGAGUUGGCCAAAGCUGGCUGGUUGCUGAACCUGAAGCACCUCACACUUGGAGACCGCAUUGGGCAAGGCGAGUUCGGAGAUGUCCUGCAGGGCGAGUACAUGGGGCAGAGGGUGGCUGUGAAGAACAUCAAGUGUGAUGUGACUGCCCAGGCCUUCCUUGCUGAAACAGCUGCCAUGACGAAGGUCCGGCACAAAAACCUUGUGUGCUUGCUGGGAGUGAUCCUGCACAAUGGCCUCUACAUUGUCAUGGAGUUCAUGAGCAAGGGCAACCUGGUGAACUUCCUGCGCACACGGGGCCGGGCGCUCGUCUCGACCCAGCAGCUCCUCUUGUUCGCCCUGGAUGUGGCUCAAGGCAUGGACUACCUUGAGUCCAAGAAGUUGGUGCACCGGGACCUGGCUGCCCGCAACAUCCUCAUCUCUGAGGAGAACGUGGCCAAAGUGAGCGACUUCGGCUUGGCCCGGGUCAACCCCAAGGGUGCAGAUGCCACAUUGCUCCCUGUGAAGUGGACGGCACCAGAGGCCCUGAAACACAACAGAUUCUCCUCCAAGUCGGAUGUGUGGAGCUACGGGAUCCUCCUGUGGGAAACCUUUUCCUUUGGACGGGCACCCUACCCCAAGCUGGCCCUGAAGGAGGUGACAGAGCUGCUGGAGCAGGGGUACCGCAUGGAUCCUCCCGAGGGCUGCCCACCCACCGUCUAUACCCUAAUGAAGAGCUGCUGGGAGUUGGAGCCAGGCAAGCGCCCGUCCUUCAAGAAACUCACAGAGAAGCUGCAGAAGGAGCUGAAGCACCUGAGGGACAUUUAACCCCCAUCCUGUUACCAGGACCCAGGACCUGAAGCCCCAAGACCCUCCAGGGUUGGGAGUGGUAGGGCAAUUGGGGCCAGGAACAGAAAGAAUGGCUUGUGGUGCUGCUCUCUCCCUGUGGAGAUGGGGCAGCAGCCUCCCUCCAUCCCAGCAUGGUCCUUCUACCCACCUCUCGCCCAGAGAAUGUUUCCAUGGGAUUGAUCUCCCCUGACCCACCAGAGUGGGGAGCCCAGUCCCCAAGGGAGCCAUGCCCACACCCCCUGUGCUCAGCCCCAGGAGCAGAUGCUGUAUGUGGGGUCCCUUCAAGCUGCAACUCCCCGUGAUGAGAGACAGGACUGGAUAUUUCCAUGGGUGGAGGAUGAGACCCCAUCCUGACUCAGCGCUGCCCCAGCACCCAGCCCCACACAGGGAUGCCAGCACAGCCAGCUAAACCCCAUGGAUUUGGACUUUUUGAUUAAACCAAAGAAACUAGCUCAA